AUGAUCCAAAAACCCGUCCCUGACUGGAACGACGACCCGGUUCGCCCUCCCGACGCUGAUGUGACGAUUGGCUGGGCCGGUGUACCCUUGUCCGAAACCCUGGGCUACUACGGGCACAUUAAGCGGGCCACGCUUCCGACUAACAGCCAACUUGGCUUCACUCCAGAUUAUGCCGCUGUGGUUGUCGAGAAGAUUGUCGAGUCUUUUGUGACUCCCUUUGCGAAAGCCGUUGAAGCACAAGAUGUUGAUGCCAUCACUGAAUUCAUCUACGAGGAUGGCUACUGGAAGGAUGUCGAGUUGCUCACAUGGGACAUUCGGACGCUUCACAGGCAUGAACUUAUUCGACCCAUGCUCAAAGAGCGGCUUCCAAAGACUGGGAUCAAGAAUAUUCGAAUCUCUUCCCAGCUCCCCUCAUCCUUGGAGACACUUGGGGAAGAUCUCUCUUUCAUCCUUUUCCACUUCGAAUUCGACUUUGCGCAUGGCACCGGUAUUGGUGCUGCGCGCCUCAGCCCGGUCGCGGCCAAGACAGGUUCGGCUGCUGAGUUGGCGGACGUGAAAUAUUGGAAGAUAUACACCAUUGGUACCGCCCUCGAAACGGUUGAAGGGUGGGACGCUGAGAGCGGCGAUAAAAUUCGCUACCAGCAUGCAAAGGUUGAGGAUCCUCUGGGCAAAGCUCGCAGCUAUCAAGAACUUCGGCAGGAUGAGAUCGAAGGUAAGGACGGAUUUGAUCCCACGGUCGUGAUAGUAGGAGCCGGACACACUGGUCUAGGCAUGGCCGCGCGGCUCAAAGUCCUCGGUAUACCACACCUCAUCAUCGAGAAGGAGGAUCGGGUUGGAUACAGCUGGGCAAGCCGCUACGCUUCACUGUCUUUGCAUGGCCCUACCUUUACCAAUCAUAUGCCAUGUGUUCCCUUCCCGCACUGGUUCCCUGUCUUCUUGCCUGCGCAGAAGCUGGCGAAUUUCUUACAGCAAUACGCCGGCAUCAUGGACCUCAACGUCUGGACGAACUCUCAGAUCGACGGUGAAAAUGCAGUUUACGACGAGAGGCAGGGGAGGUGGACGGUCUCCGUCACACGAGGAGACGGCAGUAAACACAUCCUCCACCCUCGUCAUUUGAUGAUUGCUACGGGUAUCUCUGGAUCCUUACCGAACGUUCCUCAGGUUCCGGGUAUGACCGAGUUUGAGAAAAAUGGCGGCCUGGUCGUUCAUUCUUCGCGUCAUCGGACAGGCCCUGAUUGGAAAGGAAAGCGCUGUAUCGUUGUCGGUGCCGCAACCUCUGCUCACGACAUUGCCUACGAGCUGACCGAGAAUGGCUGCGAAGUGACCAUGAUCCAGCGGAGUGCAACGCACGUCAUGUCAGUGGAGAAGAGCGUCCGAUACUUCUUCCGAAGCCGUGAGUUGACGAAUCGAAGAGGCGGUCUGCCGGUGGAGCUUGCAGACCAAUCCAAUUUUCUGCGGCAGCCAUUCCCGGUCGAAUAUGAGCUCCUGCCUCGUGCACAACAGAAAGCUCGAGAGCUGGAUCACGAUCUCUUGGAGUCUCUGAGGAGCGUCGAAUAUCGUCUCCACGACGGCUAUCAUGGCGGCGGCGCUUAUUCAAUGUUCCUUUUCGACCAAGGAGGCUUUUACUGGGACACCGGCUGCUGCAAACUCAUAGCCGACAAGAAGAUUAAUCUUGUACAUUCGGAGAUUGACCAUUUCACUAAAGAUGGUGUUUCUUACAAAGACGGUACUAGCCAACAAGCUGACUUCGUUGUGUUUGCAACUGGCUAUAUGAACACAAAGAGCGCGAUCCAGGCUCUUAUGGGCGAUAAGAUGGCUAAGAAAUGUCACGAACGCUGGGAGAAAGGGAACGCCUUCUUCCUCGGACCGGAGGGCGAAUCCAUCAUAAAUUACUGUCCGCUCCCUCAGAAAGGUCUGUACUCAAUGUUCCAUCAAUUCUCGUUCAGCAGAUUUCACUCGGCCCGCCUCGCGCUUCGAAUUAAAGCGGAGGAGCUGGGUAUUGACGUUACCCCCUACGGAAACAAACCUCUUGGGCCUCCCAGUACUGCGGCUGGGCGUCAACCUCGCCCGGAAGGCGUCCCGCUCUGA